GCGCCUGCGCAGAUCAGCGGCUUCUCUCGCGAGGACGGACGCCAUUAUCGCAUCUCCCCGACAAACACCACGAGAAUUCCGCAGCCCACACGGUUCUCUGGAGCAGUUGCUGAGGAUGAAGGUGGAAGAAACUCCCAGUGUUCAGCACAGGCACCAGGUUCAGAGAAUAUUACUGGAUAUAACUGAGGUGACAGAAUCCUAGUCCUGUGUGAGUUUGAUUCUUGCUUGUUGACUGGCCCCUCUUCUCUCCUUCUGGAUGAUGUCAGAACAGGAUCUGGCGGAUGUGGUGCAGAUUGCAGUAGAAGACCUGAGUCACCAUCACCCAGUCGUAUUGGAGAAUCAUGUAGUGACAGACGAAGAUGAACCAGCUUUGAAACGCCAACGAUUAGAAAUCAAUUGCCAGGACCCCUCUAUAAAGUCAUUCCUGUAUUCCAUUAACCAGACAAUAUGCUUGCGAUUGGAUAGCAUUGAAGCCAAGCUGCAAGCUCUCGAGGCUACUUGUAAAUCAUUAGAAGAAAAGCUGGAUCUGGUCACGAACAAACAGCACAGUCCCAUCCAAGUCCCCAUGGUGGCGGGCUCCCCUCUCGGCGCAACACAGACAUGCAACAAAGUGCGAUGCGUCGUCCCCCAGACUACAGUAAUACUCAACAGUGAUCGGCAGAACGCCAUUGUAGCCAAGAUGGACGACCCCUUGAGCAACAGGGCACCGGAUUCCCUGGAAAAUAUCAUUAGCAACGCGGUUCCCGGGCGUCGGCAGAACACCAUUGUGGUGAAGGUACCCGGGCAAGAAGACAGCCACAAUGAGGAUGGGGAGAGCGGGUCCGAGGCCAGUGACUCCGUUUCCACCUGUGGACAGUCAGGAAGUCAGAACAUCGGAAACAACGUCACCCUCAUCACCCUGAACUCAGAAGAGGACUACCCCAAUGGCACAUGGCUGGGGGACGAGAACAACCCCGAGAUGCGGGUGCGCUGCGCCAUCAUCCCCUCCGACAUGCUGCACAUCAGCACCAACUGCCGCACGGCCGAGAAGAUGGCGCUGACGCUGCUGGACUACCUCUUCCACCGGGAGGUGCAGGCCGUGUCCAACCUCUCAGGCCAGGGGAAGCAUGGCAAGAAGCAGCUCGACCCCCUCACUAUCUAUGGGAUCCGGUGUCACCUCUUUUAUAAAUUUGGAAUCACAGAAUCUGACUGGUACCGAAUCAAACAGAGCAUCGACUCCAAAUGCCGGACAGCCUGGCGGCGGAAACAGCGAGGCCAGAGUCUGGCCGUCAAGAGCUUCUCUCGGAGAACGCCAUCCUCCUCCUCGUACAGUGCUUCGGAGAGCCUCAUGAGCACGCCGCCACCCGCCACUGAAAUACCACAGCCCCAGCCGCAGGCCCUGCACUAUGCCCUGGCCAACGCCCAGCAGGUCCAGAUCCACCAGAUUGGAGAGGAUGGACAGGUCCAAGUAAUCCCACAGGGUCACCUCCACAUCGCUCAGGUGCCUCAAGGGGAGCAGGUGCAGAUCACGCAGGACAGUGAGGGCAAUCUACAGAUACACCACGUGGGACAGGAUGGGCAGGUGCUUCAGGGAGCCCAGCUGAUAGCCGUGGCCUCCUCAGACCCCACAGCCACAGGCAUGGAUGGGUCACCUCUCCAGGGCAGUGACAUCCAGGUCCAGUACGUCCAGCUGGCGCCUGUGACUGACCACACCACGGCAGCUCAGGGUGUAAUCUGUUGCUCUCAGUACGCCCCGUCCAGCUGGCUCUCCGGGCAUUGACAGUGCCCAGGCUCUUGAUGGCUUCCCAGCCAUCUGAUGUGUCAAGAUGUUCCAGAAGCAUCGGGUAUUUUUCCUGCCCAGACUGGAAUCGGCUGUCUCUCCAAGGAAUCCUGGUUACUGUUAGAGGAAGAUGGUAUUUAGAAACCACAAUCUGGGUGUUGGGGGUGCUCCUGCUCCCACUGUCCAGAUUCAGCCCUCCCAGUGAGCAGAACUGGGCGUGUGUGUGUGUGUGUGUGUGUGUGUACAGAUAAGUGUGUAUGUGAGUCCACACUCACACAUAUGUACACCCGCAUGAGUGCAUUCACUCACUCACACACUCCUUCCAUCUUUAUCUGCCAGUGAGUUUCCCUAGUCAGCCACUGGCUGGCUUCCUUCCCUUGUCGAGCGGUCUGUUUUCACCUCAUUGACACCCAGCAUUCUUCACUCGGUCCAGGCCAGGAUUCCAGGCCCGGAAGAAGCAUCUCCCUCAAGCCUGUAAUGUGACGGAGGGAGCACUGGCUCACCCGGAAACCUGGAUGAGCGGCAGGACUCAGUUUGCCAUGGAGGUUCUUCCAACAGAUUUCUGGCCUUAGCUCUGCUCUUUAUAAGAGCAAAAGUUGAAAACCCUUCCUGUGCAUCGAUGAGAGAAUGGUCCCUUGACCUGUGGCUUGGGCAUCAGCCAUCGAAUUCUUGACUCCUGACUGAGGGCCGGGUCAGAGGGCAGGGAGGUAGUUCUCCCGUGAAGCCUGUGGAGGUGAGAGGAGAGAAUGCUUUGGAAAAACAGCUUAGACUUGGCCCCAGGACAGCACAGGAGGAGAGAGCACUCCGCCCCGUGUCCCUGGGGGUGCCGAGACUCCUUGUUUGCUGGGGUCAUGAUGGAGCCCCCAGCUUCACUCCAGAAGACACCCCACACCCUUGCUGUGGAAUAGCAGUGCCUUCUGCUCACUGGACUUGCUGUAGAGCAGGGGUGGGGAACGUCCGGCCCAUGGGCCAUAGGAGUCCUGAGAAAUCAUUUGGUCUGGCCCUGCCAAAGCAUUAGGAGUGAGUUAAUUAAAUGUUUAAACAAAUAUAACAGGGUAGUUUUUGAUAAUUUUGUAUGGCCCAAAAUGAUGUUAUAGAUAUUCAAAUGGCCUUUGGCAUUAACCAAGUUCCCCACUCUGCUGGAGAGUAAGGGAGGGGCAGAGAGAUGCAAGUCCCAUCAGCACCUCUAGUGAGUCGGUGUUUGCCGGCCCUGCCUUCCCUCUGCUGCUGCAGGUGCGCCUGUCUCCACCUGGAUGUGUCAACCAGAAGGGAAAGCACUCCUGACUCCGGCCCAUUUCCUUUGUUGAGGCGCCUGGACAGGGUCGAGCCUGUCUUCCAUCCUGAGAGAUCCCUAUUUGCUCAACCGACUACUGUGCUCUGGCCUGUAGGAUCCCAUCCUCCUUUCUCCCCUGGUUGGGCAACAGAAUGGCCUAGCUGGAGCCAUAGCACUGAGGGGCAGGUUUCCACGAGGGUCAGAUAGAGAGGCAGGAUUAGAUCCCCAAGCUCUGACCUUUCUCCCCACCCCACAGGGCUGGAUGGGUUCCCUAGGCCCCAGGGCCCCCCAUCCCCAACAGCUUGCCUUGAAAUUAAAGGGGUGCCGGGGUAAGAGAACAUGGGCCAGAGUGAUCAGGAGUCAGGAAGCAGGUUCUGACUGGUGCCGAGGCCCUCAGCCUUCACUCCAUCCUGCCCAGGUGGCCUGGACCCCACUUGUCAGCCAGCCCUUUCUCAGCUGGAAGUUCGUGGUGCUAGUCCCCAGGUAACUCCUACCGAAUCGAGUUCUGACAGUACCCUCUCAGGUGUCAGAGGGGCCUCCUUAUCCCACAGUAGUGGUGGGAGACCAAAAGCUGUGAACCACACACUUCAUGUCAGUGAAAUGUAUGGUAUGUGAAUUCCAUCACAAUGAAGCUGUUACUUGUUCUAGUUGUAAUAAAUUAAUGAAAACAGCAUAACUCUUGGUA